GGAAGGGUGACAAGGGAAGGGGAGGGCAGGCAAUAUCGGAACGACCCUUUCCACGAUUCUGUUCUUUUCGCUUUUACCUGAGCAUUGCUUGAUAUUCAUCAUGAACCCAAUACCCGCUCCAUUGCCCAACAACCCCCACCACCCUCACCCUUACCCGGUUGUAGUUUGUGUGCUGUCGUUGCUGCUGUUCUGGCGCAGCGACGUCCGAGUGCCGCACGGCAUUCAACUGCCAGCUGUCUCCCCGCGGCUCAUUCAUUGUCCAUGUGUCCUCGCCGUCGCCGCACAUGACUGCAGGUGAGCUGCAGUGUCAACAGAGCGUGACUUCCAGCGACACUGGUGUACGGCACAUGGCUGUAACAUGAGACCUGCCUGAUCUAGCCAACGAACAUAUAUACCUGCGCUUGCACACAUUCACACACACACACAUGAAACGCACUCGCAUUCACAAAAAAGGAAUAGAUCGCGGGCACUCAGGCGUACAGCUCCACCGUUAUCUUUGCAAGCACGAACGCACUCACACACAGAGGGAAAGACGGAGGGAGAGGGGAGAGUUGGCGUUUUUCACAGUCACUUGAAGUGUAACGAACUGCGACCGUCAGCUACUAAAAACUUUGGCUCAUUGAGCUCAAGGGAGGAGAGAAGCGCGUGUGCUCCCGGCUAGGGAGCCACACACCUCCGCACGCGCCACACGCCUGGGCUGGAGGUCUCGUCCAGAGAGCGAAACAGUUCACGUCAGCUGCGCGCGUCAGAGAGACUGCAGCUCACGACGGAACCAAACCCUCCAGCAUCCCGCUCUACAGCAGCUCUUGCCUGAACCACUGGUCGAUCUGCGCAGUCUGCGCACCGGACGUCUUCCCCUUCCCCCACCACCUCCCUCAUUCCUAGUCCCCUUGAUCCUCCCUUCCAGCCAAGCCGACGGACAGAAUUUUUAGCCGCUGGAAGGUUUCCCUGGAGUUCCCUCGUCUGGUUUAUUGGUUUACUUUGCGUCUGAGAAGAGACCUGUUCGAUUGUCUUCUCACCCCCUUUCCCCCCUCAAAUACCCUCUUUCUCCUCCGUCCGAGGCAUGCACUUCAAGGUGCAAAAGCACGUCUUGCAGUGCUACGGUUCAGAUAUUCCCCCGCUGGAUUGUGCGUUGCUCAAGCGUGACGGACGGUGAGGUUUCGCCGGCACCACAACGGCGGCUUGUCUGCGGCCAAGCAUGUCGUGGAUUAUUACAUCGAUUCAGCCGAUGGCACUGCAGUGUGUGAUGUUGGCGGCUUUGACAUGGACUGCGCAUGCCCAGACAGCAGAGCCUCUUUCGGAGCUUCCUAAAGUGGAGUGUCGGUCACCCAACACGUUUAAUUGUUACAACUGUAAGACCUCCUCCAACCUAGAGGACCAUUACUGCGGCGAUCCAUUCAACCACACGCAUCCUGAACUAACAGUGGUGAGCUGUCAGGACUUCUGUGCCAAGUGGGUAGUACGACUCGACUCCGGCGCCAUGCAGACAGUGCGCACGUGCUCCAGCCAGAUGCAGCUGAACAUGCGCAUCUUCACCGUGUGCAUGCGCGAAUCCGGAAGCAGUGAUGGUCACGUGUGCUUCUGUGAAGGCGACCUGUGCAAUGCGUCGACAUCAUUGACUGACAUGGCGUCCUCCGUGGCGCGCGCCAUUUUGUUUUUGCUGAUGACGUCAGCGGUGGUGUGCUGCAAGGGCUUUUCCUGAUCUCGCCUUCGCCAAACAAUCGUGUUGUGGGUUGUAAAAAUUGUGUCCGGCUUCCAACAGUACAGGAAUACAGACUGCCACAUCGAUCAUCAAGAACAUUAAAAGCAUCUUUAGGCCAGUAUUUUGUUUGUGAAAAUUCCUCUCCUUUUUCCUCUCCCUUUGUUCCUCAAGCUGUCAGUGAAGGCUUUGUUGUACAGUAUUUGCUUACUGAGACUGACUUUUAUGCUUUUGCUGGAAAUCAAAUCAGGCAUGUCUUAAAAUCUAGUUUGGAACUCAACUAUUUCUUUGUAUCCUUGAAAUCUGACUUAAUGAAUAAUGAAUUUCUAUUUUCAUGACAACACUACUGAAGAUAAAUCCAGUGGCCUUACAAGUCAUGUCAUUAUAAUUUGAUCCACUGAUGAAAACAGAGAAACCCUCCCUCCAGUAUGUGCUUUUUGAGCCAGGCCUCCACAAUUGCAUCUAGAAUAGUUAACUUCUUUAUUUCCACAGCUUCCAUAGAGUAUGGUAGACGGGUAAAGUUAGAAAUGGGGCUUAUGCAGCUGUGAUGUAAGAUAAAAAGCAAGAAAUAACGACCUCAUCUUUCUAAAAAAAAAGUGUAACAUUUAUAAAUAUAGUUGUACUAUCUCAUUACAGAAGGAGCGAGCCGUUUGAAUCGUGACAUCAUUAAAUCAUUCCUUAGGAAUACAUAUAAAAUAAGAAUUAAAAACACAAAUACAAAAAGAACAUAUUUCCCACCAGUUGAAAUUGUUAGAGCAGAGAACUACUUCGAACCUCACCUUCGAUCCUGUUUCAUAUUUAAAAUCACGAUUCAUGUGUUAUUAGCAGACUAAUAGAAAGUGACACUAACUGCAAAUAUAAAAUUUAAAGAAUUCUAUCAGUAAUCACAUUAUCCUGUGGUCAGUAGUAGUUUUAUGCUGGUACAUUCUUCCAGUGAUCAUAUGAUGCUAUGUUUUUAUUUUCUGAUGUUAAAAAUUAGUACUAGCAGUAUGAUUUGUGUUUGCUUUAAUAAGAUUCAACACAAACAUACAUUUUUCAUGCCUGUUUCUCGGAAUUCACUCAAUGAGUACCUGUUACCGAACAUCCACCUUCGCCCAUAUUUCUCCCUCCCAAGGACCGGUGAUCUUGAUAACGAGAAGCAGAAAUGGUUAAUUUGAAAUAAAUCUCUUGAUCUUGUAACUACUAAAAUACAAAAACUGGGAUGAUGAAGUCAUUGCUAAUUGGAAUUAUAAAUCACGGUAUUAAUGUUGAUAUAGACAGUCUCUCUAUACAAGAGAAAAAAAAAAAAAAAAAAACAGUUGUUUAUAUUUCUACCCUUCAAAGCAUAAUAACAUCGUACAAAAUAAAAUUAAUACAGCAAACUACAUUAUUGUGCUGGUGGUGGUAGAAGUGAUCGGUUUACAAGGAUGGUAAUGUUCAGGGUACAUGCAUUUGGCUUUUGUGUUAAUUGUAGUACAGUUUUUGAAUCCAGAUUUUUCAGUUAAAAAAGUCUGGAAGUAAGCGUUUGAACAUGAACAGGAGGAAAAGAUUUGAUUAUAUGAAGAAACGAACCCCCUUUGAAUGACUUUUGACUCCCAAUGAAACGACUAUCACAGCCUUUAAUAUUUUGGUUUAAUCUGGAGUUUGUAUAGCGAUUCAUUCAAGUUUUUCAUCAUUUAAUUUAUUGAAAGCUUUUGAAACUUUUCAUCAAUCUUUCUCAUAUUCAUCUCAAAUCAUAUUUACUUAUUUCUAAGUUUGCAUUCCAAAUCAUCAACUAUUUCGUUUAUUACAAAAUGCACACUAUUUGAGAAUUAUAAGUGGGAUGGGGAGACCACUUGCCUCUUGCAUUCCAGUCUUGCACAUAAAUUAUCUAUAAUCUAUGUACAUAUACCGCCUUUUCUAAAGUUGUUUUGUCUUUUCAACAACAAAUGUGAUACAGAUCAAUGCAAUGCAGACUGUGGGUAGCAAAAGAUGAACAAUAUAAUUUAAAGCUGUCGGGCUUUGAAGGUAAAAGAAACAUACAGCCAUGUCUUGUGGACCACAGUCCAAACUUUCUAUGCAAAUGAUCGAGAAAUGUAAGUGGAGCAUGCACAACAAAUGAUAAUUGACUGGUACACAAAACAUUUAGUACAAGCUGUGUUUGCCUAAGAUGCUGUUUACAUCAGCAUUAUUAUCAUUUGCUAUUUCGUUACCUAGUAACAUAAAAGAAAGGACAGGUAGGUAACAUUUUGUAAUAAUGUAACCUCUAUGCAAUAAACGUGUUUACUGAUUUACACUCUAGAGAAAAGGUUUAAAUAGCACAGAUGUUGCAAUAUUUGCUUCUCACACAUUAAAUCACAGUGUUCACAAAUUUUCUCGCCGUUUCAGCAAACUACAUUCCCCACCACAUAGUCGCCUUCUUCCCCAGCAUGUCUUUACUUUAACGGCAGCCGCACCUCACUUAGCUGUUAUCCUCCUUGUCUCUGGAUUCUUGUUUGGUUUUGGUACUCCACACUUCCCUUCUCUUAUCCGCUGUUUCUGAACAAUGAAUUUGUUGCCUUAUGCAUGCAAACAUUUCACGUUUACUUGUUUUUAAGUGCAGAUUGUACAAAUAAAAAUUACGCUUG